AUGCUAGCUAUUGCUAUUCACGUCACAUUGCUUCUCGCGCACCAUGUGUGCGGUGAGGCUACGGAUUCCGGUUUAAUUCCGAACGACGUUAUUAGAAGUGGUGAAUUCGGGUUGUUCCGUGCUCGUCAAAACGCGACACGGGCCCGAGCGGAAAACCUGCAGCCUGAUUCGUCAAUUCAAUGCAUUGGCACCAUGCGGGGUGUUCUCCUGACAGCUGGAAUGCAUUUAGAACCACUUUUUGAAGUGAUCGGGAGGUGUCCGUUAGGCACUGAUUUUAACCUGGCUGAUCAUUGCUCGAAUGAUAUUCCAGAGUACCCUCCUGGUGAGGCUUCAGUUGAGGAACUUCAGAAUCAACUGUUAGACGAACUUCAGUCUGAAGGUAAACCAAAUCUUGGACCCCUUUUGAAACAUGUCAUUCGAAAAGUCUCCCCAGUUGUUGAUACUGACACAGGGAUCAUUUACGCAAACAAAUACUGUGCACAGUGUAAUAUUAACAUAACCGAAAAUCGAUUAAUACAACUUCCGAAGCAGAUGGUUUGCGAUCAGGAGAAUAACACUACCAAGUGUUUUGUUCAUACUGACCUGUCCAAAAAUGCUAGAAUGUGUUCUGCUCCAAGGCCAAGUCUCUUAUUCUACUUCAGUUGGGACUCCAUCUUUAAUCUCCCUGAUGACGAAGAACCAAACGAAGGUGCAGUAGAGCAAUCCUACAUCGAUUCGCUUUUUGAAGCACUCCAGUGGGCAUGCUGUGUCUUUUCCCUUGUGACACUGGUAGUUGCUAUUUGUGUGUUCUCGGCCUCUGCUCGACUGAGACGACCUCUCCCCGGCAAAAUGAUGAUUGCUCUGUGCUGUGCACUUCUGGGGGCUCUGGUCGCCUUUCUGCUAGGCAGUGGAGUUAUGGACAACCUGACGCCUUUUCGCAGCGAUCUGAGACCAAUGUGCGUUACAUUUGCCUGGUUUCUGCAAAUAUUUCUACUCAAUGCAUUUGUGUGGAUGGCUCUGUUUGCUGUGGAGCUGUUUCGCACAUUUGGUCUUGCCAGGAUGUUCCAGCAGGCUUGCAUUUGUUCUCGAUGCAGAAGAAAUUGUGAUGCAGAAGAAAGAAGCAAAAACGCAACGAGUAUGAUGCUUCGUGCUCGCAGAUCCGAUUCGAAUCCCACCAAACGUUUUAAACAGCAAGUUGCACUCGCCUUCGUUAUCCCCUUGUGCUUUGCCAUUCCCACACUUGUCAUCAACGAAUGCGUAUACAGUCGUCUUUUGCCACUGUACAAUGCCUCACUCAAUAACAGUUGGUCAAAUAUAUCUCAGGAGAAUGAACUUGGGAGAGCGCUUCACAGCCUCAAUCCCGGUUUCUGUCCUGUCCAUGACCCACGACGCGCUUGGUUUACAGGACACCAGAUAGCGUUUGUAGUUUGGUUUCUGGGACCCGCUGGCAGCACGAUAUGCUUCAAUCUUUUCGCACUCCUUAUUGUCUGCAUUCAAAUCUGCCGGCUGAAACGCGAAACACAACUCUCUUCCAACUCCGCCAUCUCAAAGUGUAAAAAACAAUCCAAGUCCCUCAUCGCUGUCUGCGCGAAGCUAUCGAUCAUCCUCGGCGCUAGCUGGUUCCUCCAACUUUUUGCAGGACUUUGGCCGCAACUGGACAUGCUUCGACGGGUCGCCGGUCUUGUAAACUGCUCUCAGGGUGGAAUAAUUGCAGUUUCAAUGUUGGCCAGUACGAAAGCACGACGAGUGAUCGCUCAGUGGCUGCCUUCACGGUGCCGUGACGCCUUUGGUGUACGAGAUUCCUCCUCACAAACAAUACAAGAGACGACUAACUCGUCAAGGUCAAAUAGACGAAAUGUUGACUACAAAAACUCGCAGACCGCAAGCCUAAUUAGAAGUGUUUCGUCUUAA